AUGGUACUAGGAAUCCUAACUGCCAUUGCUGCUUGCCCCGCGAUCAUUGGAACCACGGAAGCAGUGCGUCAAGGUCAACGGCAGAGCGCCAAAGAGAAACAUCGCGGUCUGAAAACAAAUCUCUCUGUGAACUGUUCGAGGGCCUCGAGCGCUGGACGAGAAAUCGACGGAUGUGCAGUGGUACUGAGCAACGAUAAGUUGUAUGUUGCAGUGCCCUCGGACGAAAAUCCAGACGGUUGCACCGAUGACCAUCCAUUUGCAGGAUACUUCCUGCCGUAUCCGGAUCAAAACUGGGGCCGACAGGGCGAAGGCAUGGUCUCGACCAUCUCGGACGACCCACCGCAGCUCAACUGGAUAUACGUUGACCAAGACACCUGUGAGGUGAAGUAUGGUGACCGUGUGACAUCAGAGCCUCACAUCAUCGGGCCCUGGGAUGUGACAAAAAUGGACCGCAGGAUCACACUGACAGGCUGGGAAGGGUUCAUUGCAGUCCGUUACUGUCCGGGCGAGUGGGCACUCUAUUUCGACGUGGACGACAAUGGACUGAAGGGUGUUAUCGGCGAAGAGAUGCUGCGGGUUGAGGUGGAGCUGGUGCGGCGCGAGAUGAGGCAAGCGCAGACUAGCGUACCUCCAGCGAACGAUAACAAGGAAUGA